AUGCUGAUGGAGUCCAGUAUCAACAGCGCGACAAUCUUACCACCCUACGAAGAAGAAUUCGAACCAGUUGAUAAUCUUCAUUGGUCUCAAGAAACAGCAAACAGCAUUUAUUUGUUUUGGAUACGCCAGCUUCAAGCAUCGACUAUUAAGAACUGGUGUUUAAAAUUAAAUAAUCCAACCGUUAUAUUAACAGUACAACUACCAACAAAUGGACGUUUCUCACCUGUUGCAGUUACUAAAUCAUCAGGGACGGCAUCAAUAAAAUUAUCUAUUGCUAAUAUGUUUGUUAAAGAAGUAUUGGCUGUUGGAUAUGAUUGCCUGUGUAGCCAAGGUAAGAAUGUUGGAAAUCCCAAUUCUGACACCAAUGUAACAAAUCCCAAAAAUCUGUCAGGAUGA